GAUGCAGGAGGCUGCAUGGUGUCUCUGAACCAUAGAAUUUCAGGGAAGAAAGAGUUGAAAGAACAUCUGUUGCAGAAUUGUAGAGUCUCAGGCAUUCACUGAAACAUGAACUCCCCUGGACUGUGGAAGCCUGUUGUGGUGAUUGUGGUUGUAUAUUUUGCAUUUGCUAUAGUAAAUGUGCUUAACAAGAAGAUUCUUGACAAAGGAGUAAGCCCUUUGAUUGUUGUAACAUACCGGCAGGCAAUUUCUUGCGUCUUCUUGGCACCACUUGCCUACUUCUGGGAAAGGAGAAGUAGACCCAACCUUACUUCCAGCAUCCUAUGCCAUCUCUUCCUCAGUGCUCUUCUCGGGGCAACUUUGCUUCAAUACACAUUCCUUGUUGGACUUGGAUAUACAUCAGCUACUUUCUCAUGUGCAUUCACUAAUAUGGUGCCUGCAAUCACCUUCAUGCUCUCACUACCAUUUGGCCUUGAGAAAUUGAAUAUCAAAACCAAUGCUGGGAGGGCUAAGAUUAUUGGUACACUGAUUACUGUAGCUGGAGCCAUGAUACUGACGUUUUACAAAGGAAUGCCCUUAGGCAGACCAUAUCGAGGAGCCACUGCUGCCAAGGGAAACCAGGGGAAUAUGAUGGAUUCGACCAAGAAGACUAAGAACUUGACCUUUGGCUCGCUAGUUCUGACUGCAAGCAGCAUUGUGCUCUCAUGUUGGUACCUUUUGCAAGCCAGGAUUGGCAAGAUGUAUCCAUGCCCAUAUUCUAGCACGGCUUUUAUGUCCUUCUUCGCCACCUUUCAGUCAUCUAUUUUAAGCUUGAUCAUUGAGAGAGACUUUUCCAACUGGGUUCUAAAGGGAAAGUUGGAAAUAUUCACCGUGACAUAUGCUGGAAUCGUGGCAACUGGUUUGUGCUUUGUAGGAAUCUCAUGGUGUGUGAAACAAAAAGGACCUCUCUUCACAGCAGCAUUUAAUCCCACAGUUCAGAUUUUUGUAGCCAUUUUUGACUUCUCCAUUCUGCAUGCACAGAUUUACUUUGGAAGGUUCCUUCCUUUGGAUAUUUACCAAUAUUAUUCAUGUCUAAUGCUUUUAUGUUUCAUUUUUCCUAACAUCCUUUGUUGGAAAUCAACAGUGUUUUGGGAUGUGUCCUGAUUGUAAUUGGUCUGUAUGUCCUCUUGUGGGGUAAAGCAAGAAGUGAGACAGAGCAACCUGUGCUGAACCAGCCUCAAACAACAGAAGAAACUGAGGAUUGUAAUGGAAGAUCACAACUCUAACCAUUAAACAAUCUUCCUUAAUUGGAAAAGGACAGUACUCUCAGGUCAAAAGUAGUUUUCGGAGUACUAAAUUAAUCAAUUGGUAGCAUUUCAAGAUUUUUAUGCAAGAAAUCAUUGGAGGGCAUGAGUACAAGUGUUAUUUUUUGAAUUAUUUUAUUCAAUUUGAGAUCUCUAAUUUAAAAUUUAUUUUAUAAUAAAAGUUUAGUUGUGUGAUUAUUAAUUUUGCAGUCUACCAAAAUCAAGGGACCCCAUAUUUCGUAGCAGUCACUACUGUCUUAAUUUGCGUUUGGGAUUACAGAGCCCAAGCAAAAGAAUGACUACAAAUUCUCUCUAUUAGCUAUAAUAUUCGAGUUGUCUGGAUCUAAGUAAUGUAUUUUAAUGUUGUAAACAUUUCCUUGCAAGGUUCAUAUAGAGGUCAAACAAGGCCUCUGCUGGUGGAACGGAGGAUGUUGGAGCAGAAUUACAGAGCCGAAGAAUAUAGAUUGUAUAAGAAGACAACUUCAGUGUGGAUUCCUUGGUUCAGGUCGUCAGCAAUAGUAGUGAAAUACAAUAGUACUUGAUAUGGUUUUUUCUCAUUAGUUUUGAAAUCUGAAGGUAAAAUGUUAGCUGCAUCAUCCCCCUUUUACUCUGUUUUCCUCUCUAGAUAUAUCCAGAACUUUUGCAUGUAAUCUGUUCUUUAGUUGAAAGAAGCAUGGUUGUUGUUCAUCCAUGGUGAAAUAGAUCAGUGAUUUAGUG